GCCUGUUUGCAACAUGCAGACCCAUCCCGGGGGGAGGAGCGCUAGGGCCGGGGAGGACAGGAGAAGAGAAAUGCUCCGGCACUCCAGGUGCACGUUGCGCCUUGUUCUACCUCAGACGGGCUAGCAUUAAACCGGUGUCACUCUCUGUCUGCAGCUGUUAGCAUGCUAGGCAGCAGGGAUUGGGAGGCAGAAAACACCAGGUAACUUCCCUUUUAAGUGCCCAUCAGUAACCAGCCUGAGUUGAUGUCCUAAAACCAGAAGUUUUACCACUCAAAUGACAAAGGAUAAUGAGGUGUGUUUAGUUGUAGUUUUAACCCACCAGGAUGCCCUUUUGCUGCCUUUGCGGCUGAUCUAAUAUAGAUCAGUUGUCUGCUACACACCCGAUGUGGCAGACCUACAAAGCUCUUCUAUCUCAGGGCAUCUUUAGAGUCACAUUAAAUCACUGGUGUUAGAAGAAUCUGUCGCCUUCAGCACUGGUCGUGGUAGGGACAGAUCUGGGAUGAGUACAUGGGAAGAACUGGACAAUUAGGUGUGUGGGGGGGUGCAUGUCUGUUUUCCUGUGAUUGACAGCCCUGGGUCCUCCCCCUUCCUCCAUUCCUCUUCUCCCCUGCCUGCUGCGGAGCACUCCGAGGGCAGCAACUUUGACCGUAGUUUAACCACCGGGCAGCGAAGCUUUCAAUGAACCGGAGCAACGGAGCCGUGUGAAGUACUUCCACGGGCAGGGGAGCAGCAUGCACACAGGGCUUGUUGUUCUGGUUGCUUUCUGCCUAGCUGUGGAACUGGUGACUGGGGGUGGGAAGAAAUCCUAUAACGGACCAUGUGGGGGUCGAGAUUGCAGCGCGGGCUGCAAAUGUUUUCCAGAAAAAGGUGCUCGGGGUCGACCGGGAUCUAUUGGGAACCAAGGACCUAUAGGUGUUCCAGGAUUUGCUGGGCCAGAAGGUUUGGCAGGGCCAAAAGGUGAGAGAGGGGCAGUGGGCUCUCCAGGAUCAGCUGGACUGAAAGGAGAUAAGGGUCCAAUGGGAGUGCCUGGAUUUCAAGGCAUCAAUGGGAUUCCGGGCCACCCUGGCCAGCCAGGGCCCAGAGGUUUUCGUGGCCUUGAUGGCUGCAAUGGUUCUAUUGGGAGUCCUGGUGUUUCCGGGUUGGAUGGGUUUCCUGGUACACAGGGGCCACCUGGUCGCUUUGGUCCCAAAGGUCCCAAAGGAGAACCUGCGUAUGCCCAAGGUGGCCUUAAAGGAAGUAAGGGUGAAAAUGGUCUUCCUGGAUUGGAUGGGAUUUCUGGUCCAAAAGGUUUCCCUGGCCCAGCAGGUUCUGUGGGUCCUAUAGGAUUGCCAGGUUUGCAGGGGCCACCGGGUGCAAUGGGGCCACCAGGACCAAAAGGUAACAUGGGAUUAGGUUUCCAAGGAGAGAAAGGUGCAAAGGGAGAUGUCGGGCUACCUGGCCCUGCAGGUCCCCCACCAUCCACUGGGAUACUAGAGUUCAUGGGAUUUCCAAAAGGGAAACCAGGAGCAAAGGGUGAGCCAGGCCCUAAAGGAUUCCCUGGGAUUGGAGGAUUACCUGGCCCUAUGGGCUUUGGGGGUAUCGGAGAAAAAGGAGAAAAGGGGAUCCCUGGCUUACCAGGUGGCAGGGGAUUUCUGGGAUUGGAUGGAUCUGAUGGGUUUCCAGGGAGAAAGGGUCAGUUUGGUCUUCCUGGUUUUCCUGGGCUGGAUGGAGUGCAAGGAAUGAAGGGUGAAUUAGGUGAAAUGGGUCCUCCAGGCCCUCUUAUUUCUCUCGAUAGAGAAGAUGGACUCAUCUCAGGUUUGCCAGGAGAUCCCGGGAUUCCAGGGACUCCAGGCCCUCGAGGAGAUGAAGGGAUUGUUGGUUUACCAGGCCUUCCUGGCACCCGAGGUCUCUCAGCUCUUGAUCGAGGGGCACCAGGUCUCAUGGGAUUUCCAGGUAUUCCAGGUAUUACUGGUGAACCAGGAGACCAAGGGAGAGCAACAGUUGGAUUACCAGGCACUCCAGGCAUAGGUGGUUUACCGGGUAUGCCAGGACCUCCAGGACUGCCUGGUCCAGCACAAAUCCUCAAUGGAGAACCUGGAGAACCAGGAAGACCUGGACAACGGGGGCCACCAGGAGUUUUGGGACUAAAAGGGACCAAAGGGGAUCCAGGUGAUUGUGCUUGUGAUGGAGGAGUCACAGGAGCUGGACCAAAAGGUGCACCAGGCCCUCUGGGUCCACCAGGAAGCCCUGGUGAACCUGGGUUUAAGGGUUCUAGUGGAGAUCCUGGCAGUGUGGGUGCACAAGGGCUGCGAGGGCCUCCGGCUUCACCUGGUCAACCAGGUUCUCCAGGCCGUAAGGGAGAAAAAGGAGAUCCAUCUUUUGCAAGAGGCAGAGGUCUCCAUGGGGAUCCUGGUGCAACAGGAGCCAGAGGGCCUUCUGGCAUCCCAGGAACUCCUGGCAGAGAUGGAUUCCCAGGUUUACCAGGCCAGCCAGGUCCUCCGGGUGAUGUUGGACUAGGCUUUCCAGGCGAAAAAGGCCUGCCAGGAUUACCUGGCUCCAAGGGCCGGCGUGGGGAGAGCGGUCUUCCUGGCAUUGGUUUCCCAGGUCCUAGUGGAGUUCGCGGCCCUCCAGGUGACCCAGGAAUGGAUGGUUUUCCAGGACAACCAGGUCUUCCAGGUCCUCCAGGGAUCACCUUGCCCUGUGUAGUUCCUGGAGGGUUUGGUGCCCCUGGGCCUCCAGGCAUACCAGGACGUCCAGGUCCCAAGGGCAGACCGGGGUUUCCAGGCAUUCCAGGUCAACCUGGAUUACGUGGAUCAAAAGGACAACCAGGUAUUCCAGGAUCAAUGGCAUUGCCAGGAGCACCAGGCUUUCCUGGGCCUCGUGGAGAUCAGGGACCACAAGGGCUUCCAGGACUUGAUGGAACAGAUGGUUUCCCUGGAAAGAUGGGAACUCCUGGCUUGUCAGGGGCAAAAGGAGCUCCUGGUGAAGUGUUUGGUGCUGAAAGAGGAGCCCUGGGUGAGCGUGGCAGACCUGGAUUCCCAGGAGAUAAAGGACUUGUUGGAGAACCUGGAUUUCCUGGACAGAAGGGUGUUGAUGGAAGGCCUGGCUUACCGGGUUUUAAAGGCGAACGGGGUAAUCCAGGGCUCCGAGGUAUUGAUGGAUUGCGAGGACCUCCUGGUCCUGGAGGUCCGUUUGGCAUUAAAGGAGAACCAGGUCCCAGGGGAGCAGUUGGCUUCUCAGGAUCACCAGGACUUCGUGGAGUCAAAGGACCAACUGGUGAUGCAGGUCCACCAGGCCCUGCUGGUAUGAAAGGCUUCCCAGGUCUAGAAGGUUUUCCAGGACCACCUGGGGACAGAGGAUUCCCAGGGUCACCUGGGCCUUUGGGUAGAGAUGGACGUCCAGGUUUCUUUGGAGCAAAAGGUGAAAAGGGUCCUCCCGGGUUGAUUGGCUUUCCUGGCAUGCCAGGCCUGCCUGGUAUCCCUGGGGUGAGUGGGCUGAAAGGAAUUCCUGGGUCAGCUGGAAGGGAAGGAAAUAUUGGAUAUUCUGGACCCUCUGGUCUAAAAGGUGACAGGGGUGAUCGAGGUCUGCCUGGACUCCCGGUUCUUAGGCCCCCAGAAUUGGCCUUGGCAUUCAAGGGAGACAAAGGUGAUCGUGGGUCAGCUGGACUGAGAGGAUUCCCUGGACCUAGAGGUGAUAAAGGAUUCCCUGGACCCCGUGGACAACCUGGUCUUCCUGGUCCACGAGGAUCGCCAACCACAGAUAGAGGACUACCUGGUGAUGCAGGGUUCCCAGGCCUGCCUGGACCACCCGGCUUGCCAGGACAGAAAGGACAGGCUGGAAUCAUAGGAUUACCCGGAUUUCCAGGAGAAAGUGGUUCAGAGGGUAUCUCAGGAGCACCAGGGUUCCCAGGAACUGUUGGUUUCCCCGGUCCAAAGGGUGACCCAGGGGAAUCACUUGGAAUUUCUGGUGGGUUAGGAGAUAAAGGAGAACGAGGGGACCGUGGAUUCCCAGGUGAGAGGGGGAAAGAUGGGCCAAAGGGUGAACCAGGAUACCCAGGAAGCACUGGCCUGGAUGGGCCUAAAGGUGUCCCAGGUGACCUUGGCCAAGAAGGACCACCAGGCCUCCCUGGAAUUGCUGGGUUGCGAGGAAAUGCAGGUCUCCCGGGUUCUCCAGGGCAGCCUGGACCUGUAGGAUUCAUCGGACUCCCUGGGAUAGCAGGGCCAAAAGGAUUCCCUGGAUUUCCUGGUUUAAAUGGUCUGAACGGCUUACCAGGCACAAAAGGGUCACCUGGAACACCAGGUCUGAGUGAAGCUGGACUGAAUGGCCCUGCAGGGCUUCCAGGUCCUAAGGGUGAAGAAGGUUCCCCAGGCAUUGGCCUAGGAGCCCCAGGACUCCCUGGGCAGAAAGGAUCAUCAGGAGACAUGGGUCCUCCAGGUACCUUGGGUCUGCCUGGUUUACCAGGACCUCCUGGCAUCUCUCUUCCUUCAAAUAUACCUGGGAGACGUGGUGAUCCUGGCCGUCCUGGAGUGGAUGGGAAUCCAGGCCCCCCAGGUCCUCCAGGUCCUCGAGGGCUCUCCGGCCCAGCCUCCAAUCAAGGUGAUACCGGCCUUCCAGGUUUACCUGGAGUUCCUGGUUUGCCAGGCAUAAAGGGUGACGUAGGACUCCCUGGUCCAACUGGAAUUCCAGGAGCUUCGGGACUCAAAGGUGUGAAGGCUGAGCCAGGCUUUAUGGGGAUGCCAGGUAAAGAUGGGCUUCCAGGGGACCCUGGAAUUCCUGGGCUGAAAGGUGAAACUGGCCGUCGAGGUUUCCCGGGCCUACCAGGCGCUCCAGGCCUAGUACCAAAACCAGAAGAAGUCAUAGUUCCUCCAGGGCUACUUGGUCUGCCAGGAAUUGAUGGGGUCCCUGGCUAUGCUGGAGAUCGUGGAUUUCAGGGACCAGAUGGGCAGCAAGGUCCAAAAGGUCUGUCAGGCAGAUCAGGUCAGGUGGGCCGUCCUGGUUUACCAGGGCCAGAUGGCACAGUUGGGGAUCCAGGAACCCCAGGUAUUCCAGGGCCACCAGGAUUGGAAGGUGUCUCUGGAAAGCCAGGCCUGUUUGGUUUGCCCGGAAUGCCGGGUCGGAGUGUAGGCGUUGGAUACACUUUGGUGAAGCACAGCCAGUCAGAGCAGAUCCCACCGUGCCCAAUUGGAAUGAAUAAGCUCUGGGAGGGUUACAGCUUGCUGUAUGUGGAGGGGCAGGAAAAGGCGCACAACCAGGAUCUAGGUUUUGCUGGCUCCUGCUUGCCUCGCUUCAGCACCAUGCCAUUUAUUUACUGCAACAUCUAUGAGGUGUGCUACUAUGCCAGCCGAAAUGACAAAUCCUACUGGCUCUCCACCACUGCUCCCAUCCCCAUGAUGCCAGUGAGCCGUCUGGAGAUCCCACAGUACAUCAGUCAUUGCUCAGUGUGUGAAGCACCUUCCCAGGCUAUUGCAGUACAUAGCCAGGACAUUACCAUCCCGCAGUGCCCCGAGGGCUGGCGCAGCCUGUGGAUCGGAUACUCUUUUCUAAUGCACACUGCAGCUGGCGCGGAAGGCGGAGGUCAGUCCCUUGUCUCACCCGGCUCUUGCCUCGAGGAUUUCCGUGCUACUCCUUUCAUUGAAUGCAAUGGUGCCAGAGGAACCUGCCAUUACUUUGCAAACAAAUACAGCUUCUGGCUGACCACAGUCGAACGCACGCAGCAGUUUGUCAGUGCUCCUCCCUCAGAAACUCUGAAAGCAGGACAGCUCCGAACACGAGUCAGCCGUUGCCAAGUGUGCAUGAAGAACUUGUAGCAAAAACAACCCAAACAAAUAAAACUUUGCUACCUAAGAGUUUAAACCUCAUUCAUUGGAAGAACUAUAAGCACAUACACCCAUUCUGCUGGUGGUUUGUGGAUAAGUUACAACAGCCAGAACACUACUGAAAUUAUGUUUUAGAUCCAUAAGAAACAUAGCUUCACACAGAAGGAAGGAGGGACAGACUAAUCUCUGAAACCUCUGACUGUUUUGUGGAACAUGGUGCUACACUUUUUCUUUCAUGUUUGUUUUCCUAUUCAUGGCUACCUCAGAAAGUCUCUGAGCCUUUCUCAUUCACAUUGCAGAGUGACUAUAUUAUAUUAUACAAUAUUAUAAUAAAGCGCUCCAUAUUAUAUCACCCAUCCAUUUGAUGCACUCAUCUAUAGCCAAUGAUAGAUUUUCUUAAACAAGUUUGUGCUUCACAGAUUAGUUGUCUUUGCAGAAAGCAUUUGGCAUGGCCUAGGGCAAUACGCAUUGAUUAGAUGAGAAAAUAUGUAAUGAAAUGGAUUUUCAGUCGGAAAGGAACUUAACUCUAAACUAAUUAAAACAAAUCACUGCAGCAGAGGUGCUCAGAGUAUUAAGCAUUAGAGACUGAGAACUGGCUUCCCUGGGAAGUUCUUACUUAAAGAUGAGCUCGUUUUGUUUUGCUUUUUAAAAGAAUUGGCAUAAUCUUUGGUUUCAGUGAUGCACGAGCAACUUGGAGCCAAAUUCAGACCAGCUGUAACUGAUUUUCAUUCCCCUUCCAUGAAAAAUUUGGAUUUCUACCUGGACUUAAAGCCAUUAUCAUUAUUCAGCACAGCUUUAUCACUAUUGAAAUGUGCUCUAUGUAAGCACACAGUUCAAGAUUUGUUGUUACCCUUUUGCACCCUAGCAAUUUGUGACCUCCAGAAUAAUUUCAUUAGUAUGUACAUAUGAAAUCAUCUUUCCGAGGUAGCCUUGGAACAGUUUUUUUUGUAAGUAUUCAAUUUGUGUAUAUUUUAAAAUGUAGAAGCCGCAUUAUUUAGCAUUCAAGUUUAUGGAAACACAGAAGCAAGCAGCUGUUGGAUGUACAUUUUUUUACUGCUAAAAUCACCUGUUUUGUAUUCUUCAUCCGCUGGGCUUUAUUUCUACUAGUUAAAAAACAUAUUACUGUAUUUCUAAUGCACUGUUAAAUAUUCACACAAUUCCUUCAGGUUAUAAUUACAAUCAGUGGUUUUCAGACUAUAUGGGAAAAUAGAAAUUAAGAGAAAGCCAUAAAUACAGUAUGUCCAUGCUGAGAACUAAUUAAGGCUAAAGCUAUUAAUUUCAGCUUCUUUCUACAGUGAGGUUGACAACACCCAUAGGUAUCAGCAUUUUAGAGGAUUUGAAGCGAGGGCCUUGUAAAUUCCAGAUCUUUUUUUUUUUUUUUUUAAAUUGACAGACAAAACUACAGAAAAAUGUUUGUUUUAGUUGGGACUGCUCUGAUAAAUCACAUGGUAUUUAAAAUGGGGGUUCAGUGAAUGCUUAGGUAUGAGACUUUGAAAUUCACUUUCUGCGAAUAUUGUGGUCAGUAAAAGUCAAAUCGCUCCAGUGUUUGUUUUAAAAAUUUGAGCAAAUAUUUGUGGAAAACAUUUUUAUUUAUCACCCAUUCUACUCAUUAGGUGCCAGCAAUAGAAGCAUCAGAGCACCAGUUUAUUUGUUUGGAUGUUGAGGGGAGGGUGAGGAAAAGGGGGUUCUGUUCUAGAUGCACACGACUGAAAUACACAAGUCUUUUCAGGAGCAGGGUCUAUGUAAUUGUUUCGCUUUAUGCACCAUGAGUAAUCUCAUUGCUUUCAGUGACAGACCUUCCAUUGACUUCAGUAGGGCCAGGAUUUCACCCCGAUGGGUACUGUUAAGCACGAGCAUGUCUUCGCAAGAUCAGGGCCACAGUCUAUGAUCUUCCACUCCUGGCUCCAGAGCUUCUUCCAAUCAACCCUGUAUUUACCCCCUCUCCUUCCAGUUGCUACCCAAGACACUUUUCCACAAGGCCUGUAAACUUCAGAUUUCCCCUCUGAGUUGUGUUUACAUAAUGAAAGAUAACAGGAGGGCAAUUAAAAAAAAAAAAAGGAUGGACUGAGCAGGACAUAUGCCUAGCUUCAUUGCUCAGUCAUCGAAUGGGUACUUCCCUUUUCUGGGUAGAAGUCAGUCAUCCUUUAGAAUGCCAGCUUUUCAGAGCAGGGGCUGCAUUUUCAUUUUUGUCUGGAAGGCACCAAGCACCACUAUGGUCUUAAGCUAUGGUCUUAAAUGAAUACUAGAAAAACAGCGUGGGGUGGCAUCUCCUUUUUGUUAAUGUUCAGUUUCCAAACUGUGGUUAAUAAAGGCAAACAAGACAUUAA